AUCCCAGACGCUUACCUACAAGCCCCAAAAGACUAUGCGCGCGUGUGCGUUGAGCUGUUCCUCCGUCAGCACGACGACCAGUCAGUGCUACGCAAACCCACGGUAGACCCACCAGAGAAGAGUCUGUGUGCGAAUGAAUUGGGCGGGUAUCGCGUGGGCGACUAUGUGCUGCUGGAGUCUGGGUGGAAGAAACGCCCCCAUGUG